ACUCGAAGGAAGAAGAAGAAGAAGAAGAAGAAGAAGCGCGAGUGGGGUUCCUUGUGUUCUGUGGUUUUGUGUAAAUUGCUGGCUGAGUGUUAUUUUAUGGCCAAAUACAUGAGACCCCCAACUACAUCUUUGUUUGUGCGUAACAUCUCCGAGCAGUCGAGGCCUGAGGAUUUGCGGCGUGAGUUUGGCCGCUAUGGGCCCAUAGUAGAUGUCUACAUCCCACUUGACUUCUAUACACGUCAACCAAGAGGAUUUGCAUACAUACAAUUUGAGGAUGUGCGUGAUGCUGAAGAUGCUCUUUACAGCCUGGACAGGAAGCGAGUUUGUGGCCAGCAGAUUGAAAUCCAGUUUGCUCAAGGCGACAGAAAGACACCAAACCAGAUGAAGGCAAAGGAACGGCGAUCUCCGGGCAGAUCCUCGCGAUAUGAUGACUAUGAGCGACGCAGACGCUCUCAAAGCCGCAGCUUUGAGCGAUACAGAUCACGUAGCCCAUCAUAUGAUCGCAGACGCCGCCGAUCUGAGAGUCCUCGAGACUCUCGUGGACGGAUGUCCAGAAGAAGAAGAAAAAGUCGGAGCCGUGAAGAUGACAGACGGAGACCGCGAAAAGAAUCCAGAGGCCACUCUCGAUCCCGCUCCAGAUCUGGAGGUCAUCGGGAUGAAGCCGGCCCAGCGUCGCCAUCCCGUUACACGCAGGGCGGAGUGCGAGACAUGCACUCCCCUUCCAGCUCAAAGUCUCGGUCCAUCUCCAGAUCCCGCUCCCGAUCCUGGUCUGGACGCAAGUCAGGGGGCGGUAGAAAGUGUUAACUUCUGUCUUCCUAUCAGACCGCUCUGAAAGUUUGAGCAUUUGUCAGGAACAAAAGGGUGAAAGAUUUUUCAUAUGAACAUAAAGUCUUCUGGACAGUUUUUGUUUUUUUUUUUAGAAAGCUGCAGAUGCUGUUUGGUUUCAUAAAUUUCUUUGAGGUGCUUUAGUAAGAGGACUUUCUCCUAUUUCUUCUCCUGUACACACACAAAUAGUUUCUCUGAACCCAACCAGAAAAAUAUUUAACAAUAAAUAUGUUGGUAAUUGAAAACUUU